GGAGGCUUGAGCGCGGCCAGCUGUUUGUGUGUCGAAACUAAACAUUCGGCCCCUCCAUUACUUCAAAGUGUGUCCAACCCAUGAUGAUUUAAGGCACACGUCCUGUCCUGCUCCCACUCGCCUUCUCCCCCCCUUCUUCCUCCCAUUACCUUCGUUUGAUCAUAUAUACCCACAUUUCACGUUUCAACCCUACAAUACUCCUCUCGUUGUUCCGUCAAUCGCUCAAACAUUCGCUCUUAUAUAAUCAAACCAAUCCAUACAUCAAUAUGAAGCUCUCUGCUGCUCUUCUACUGGCUGCUGCCUCCCUUGCCGUGGCCUUGCCGGGCGAUGGCAGUUAUGGUAGCAGCGGUUCCGACGGAGGCAUGAGCGGCGGUUAUGGUGGUUCAUCAUCUGGGGGAUCCGGGGAAUCUGGCUGGGGAUCCAGUAGUGGCAACAACAAUGGCGGCUACGGCGGUAGCAGCAGCGGUGGCUACGGAGGCAACAACAACGGUGGCUACGGAGGCAACAGCAACGGCGGCUAUGGUAGCAACGGCAACGGCGGCUAUGGUAGCAACGGCAACGGCGGAUACGGCGGCAGCGGAGGCGAAACCUCCAAGGACUGUACCACGUCCACCAAGGAAACAAAGACUACAAAGACUGCCAGCUCGCCAGUUUGGACGCUUCCUGCAGCAGAAACUACAACGUCGUCAAAGUCAUCCGAAACAUGGACCUGGAGCACGACCACUGAAAAGACAACUAAGACGACUGAGAAGUCAACAUCAUGGACGACUGAGAAGUCAACAUCGUGGACGACUUCGACAGAAAAGAAGACGACUUCCACGGAAACAAAGACGACGACGAAGAGCGAGGCCUGGACCGGUACUUGGUCUAUGUCGCCAAAGGGAACCCCAUCCAAGCAAACCUACUCUCAGACCUGGCCAUCGGUUCAGAUCGCACCGUCUAACGUGCCUUACGUGACGGUCCCGAAGGUCGCUUCGACAGUGACCAUCAACACCGAAGGUGCCGCGUCGACUGCUAAGACCACGGCCACGGGCGCUGGCAGCGUGCCUAAGAUUUCGCAGACGACAACCGCUGGACCUCUCCAGGUCACAGCUAAUGCUGCUGCCGACACGAAGUGGUCGGCUGCCGCCGGUCUGGUCGCCGCGCUUGGUCUGAUUGCUGUUUAGGACGGUCCCUGCUCAGGAUACGCGCUGUACAAAAAUCUCACGUCGCAAUCACGAAUUGUCGCAUAAUAGACACUGGAGUUUUUCUCGUUGAUCCCCCCUAGUGUAGCGUCGGCGCGCGCAAUCACUUCUUGUUUCUUGCAUAUAGUUUAAUACGCCCAGCAACGGUGGCGUAGUAAUGACGCGCAGUUCUCAAAAUAUGAAUCAAAAUCUUUUAAGAAAAA